AGAGCGCGCAUGGCCUUCUUGAAUAUCAUUUGGUAGGGUUUGUGCGUUUCUUGGCGGAGCUAUGGAUCAUUGCUGCUGCGCGUCGAUCUUGCUGCUCCUCCUGUGCGCGUGCGCGGCUGCUGGCGCUGCCGAUGACGAUCGGAGCGGCGGGAUUUUCAGGGUUUCUCUGAAGAAGCAGGCGCUGGACAAGGGAUCGAUCACCUCGUCUCGCCCGGAUGAUCGCCUCGGGUCCGGGUCCGGCUACAAUCUGCCGCUCAAGAACUACAUGGAUGCGCAGUAUUACGGCGAGAUCGGCAUUGGGAGCCCGCCGCAGGAGUUCACUGUGAUUUUUGACACUGGUAGCUCGAAUCUCUGGGUUCCAUCGGGAAAAUGUGUUCUGUCGCCUUCUUGCUGGUUUCAUCGGAGAUACAAGGCGGGGCAGUCGAGCACAUACAAACCAAAUGGCACGUCUAUUUCCAUUCAGUAUGGUUCUGGAUCAAUGUCGGGAUUUCUUAGCGUCGACGAUGUUACUCUCGGCAAGCUUACAGUGAAAGGAGAGGUCUUUGCGGAAGCAACAAGCGAACCCGGCCUAACUUUUAUGGCUGCAAAGUUUGAUGGAAUCAUGGGACUGGGCUUCCAAGCUAUCGCACAAGCUCGCGUUGUUCCUAUUUGGUACCAUAUUGUCGAGCAGCAGCUUGUUAAAGAACCUGUAUUUUCCUUUUGGCUCAAUCGCGAUGCAACCGAUGGAAAUGGGGGAGAAUUGGUUCUCGGAGGAGUAGAUCCCAAGCAUUUUAAGGGAAAGCACAAUUACGCUCCUAUUACUCGUGAGGGAUACUGGGAGAUCCGCAUGGGAGAUGUUCUAAUUGAUGGUCAUGGCACAGGCAUGUGUAGCAAGGGAUGUGCUGCGAUCGUUGAUUCUGGCACAUCUUUGCUAGCAGGGCCCUCGGCCAUCAUAGCAGAAAUAAAUCAUGCUAUUGGAGCUUCGGGAGUCGUAAGCCAGGAAUGCAAAUUGAUAGUUGAUCAAUAUGGCAAUAUCAUAAUCAAUCUUCUGCUCGCCCAGGUGUCACCUGAUAAAGUCUGCUCACAAUUAGGAGUAUGCUCAGCUACAAGAAAUGAACCGGAUAUUGCAAGUGUCCUUGAUAAGGAGCGAGAAGGUAUUGACAACGACCUGGCUUGUGAAGCUUGCGAGCGAGCUGUUAUCUGGAUCGAGAACCAGCUACGAAAAAACCGGAGUAGGGAGGAGAUUGUGUCCUACCUUGACGAGCUCUGUAGCCGGUUGCCUAGUCCAAAUGGAGAGUCCGCAGUCGAUUGCAGUUCCGUGUCUCGCAUGCCGAAGAUUUCCUUCACUAUAGCUAAUCGCAAUUACGAGUUGUCGCCGGAGCAGUAUAUACUGAAGAUUGGAGACGGGAACAAAAAGCAGUGUCUCAGUGGAUUUAUUGGACUGGAUGUCCCUGCUCCAGCAGGGCCACUCUGGAUACUCGGGGACAUUUUCAUGGGUGUGUACCACACCGUUUUCGAUUUCGGAAACAAGCAAGUCGGUUUCGCCCCUGCAGCCUGAGCUAGCUUGCAAUGAUUUUUCCGUUCGAUCUAUCUUCUGUUUGUAAAUAAUAUCAGUGUAAUAUCUACUGCUCUGCUGUUUCCAUUC